CCCGCAUCGCGCUCAAUUGCAAUUUGUCAUGCGAGUCUCACGGAAAUCCCGCGGGAGGACAGACCUCUCGGCUACAGUUGCACUCUGUUGAAACAUUUCCGUAUCCAAACAGCGUGAAUCAAACGUUUCAGAGCGAUUAGCAUAGCAUCUCGGAACAACCAGUACAUUACACGGAAGAAGAAAAGUUUUCCUUCUCUUGAUUUGCCGCCGAAAGUUUACAAUGUUGCUUGUAAAAGUUACCGUUUUUGAAAACUACACUAUAGAUUUUGCGCAAAAAAAGAGAAAAAAUGUCCGACUUUCCAAAAAGCACGCAAACGAUGUCAAGGAGGCUCGAGAAUGGCGAGUGUGACGAUUGUUUGGAAGAGGCGGAUUCGGUCUUACAGCUUCAUAAGUUAUCGUCGAAGAAUUGCUUGAAAUUGGGCGAGGACGCCAACGUAGACAGCUGUCCAUUUACUCAGGAUGCGACUUCAAGACCCGUCGACAGCGUUCAGUAUGGACGCAGGCCUGUUUCCCGAUUGGAGAAGGAAACCCGGGAGCUGAUUGCGGCUUACUUAUUCCGAUCAGCCGGAUUGCCCCACUCAUGUAGCCGCACUGGAAGGAAACCUUUCGACAUCCUUGUUCGUGUUGGGGAUCGAAUAAUCAAAAACAACAAAUCAUUUUUUAAUGAAGCUCUGCAGACGAUCGAUUUCUCCCAGAAGGAACUCCUUGAGUACAUGACCGAUCUUGCUCAAGACAUGCUCACUGAGAGAGUAAUGAAAUGGAGACAUGUUACAGGCUUCAUAGUAUUUGGGUCAGCUGUAGCCAAGCACCUAAAGCAAGUCCACCUGGAGCAUUGCAUCCUGCCCUUAGCAGACCACAUUUCUGCCUUACUGCUUAAACAUUGUAAGGAUUGGAUGGUGAAAAAUAGAGCUUGGGAAGGUUUUGCAGACUUCUUUCACAUUGUAGUCCGUGAACCAGAAACUUGGCAGUUCCGAAUCACCUUUUUAGGAUUGGCAUUCCUAACAGAUGGCCUUGUUAGUUUUUUUAAGUUAAAUGAAAUGCUGCAGUUCCUUAUUCAAAUUUUACAUUAUUUUUUUCAUACUUUUUAG